AUGACUAUUUGUGAUGUCUUCGAAAACCAAAUAAUCAAUGAUGCAUCAUUAAAGACACAUGCAGCUAGUAUGAGGAGCAAAAUUGCAUCAGACCACCUCAAGUACCAACCAUUCAACACACUCAAGUUGGACACACCAUGACACCCAAAACAAAAAAUAAGGCUGCUUCUGAUAGAUUAAGAGAAGUGUCAGAUAGGCUAGCGUGCUCAAUAUCAUCUUGUCUGAUGGACGUUACUAGCAAGCUUUAUGCUGGUAAUGUAAUCGGACUUUCAUUGAAAGAUGAGAUGAUCAAUGGUCAUGAUAUUGAUUCAAGGAAAGCUACAAAGCUAGUUAAUGAAUUACAAAGAGCUCUUGAUAAUCACACUAGACCUGAUACAUACUUGGAUGAAAUGUGCAGAGUAUUAAGAAAUGUUCGAGAGAAACAAAUCACUGAUAUAGUGGACACAUUGAGUAGUUUUAAGUGAACUAAAAUAUUGCUAUAGAUUUUCUAAUAUUUUCAGGAUAUUGCCUUACUUUAAAUUAUUUUAAGUAUUUUAGUAAUAUUGAUAAACAUAGUGCUUAGUUUUAUUUAUAAAAAUUUUGUUUUGCAUACAUGACUAUUUUAGAAUUGGGCAUGAUGCAUUGCUGUCUUAUGAUGUAAAUGGAAAUUGGAAAAAUUUGCUAAACAUACAAUGCUGCCACAAAUGCUAUAUAUAUAUAUAUAUAUAUAUAUGCAGCUUUUAUGUUGAUAGUCUGUCUAUCAAAAACUUUAGUUUUAAAAUUUAAUUAACUAAGCUGAUAAUAAUAAAUCAAUAUAUUGGUCUUCUUAGACUGUCAGAGGGCAAGGUAUACUAGAUAGUGCUAGCUUGAUUGUAGUCUAAAGCAACUUUAUUAUGCUUUCAUCAUAGGUAAUGAUGUUAGUGCAGUUUCGACUGGUCCAGCAAUGGUCCCUGCAUUCCAAAGUAAUGAUGCUACUGCAGUUCCAACUGAUCCAGCAAUGGUCCUUGCAUUCCCAACAGAACCCUCUUACAGUAACAAAAACAAUGCUCACAAAGUUUUGACAAGUAGUAAUGACAUGUUAACAAAGAUUGAUUUGAUGUAUUUAGCAGAUAAGAUGGUAGAAAAAGGUAUCAUUACAAGUGAGCAAAAAAGGGAAAUAGUUGAUGACAGAUAUCAUGGACUGUCUGGAUUCCAGCGCAUCAAUAAGUUACUGGAUCAUUUGAGAGACACUGUUGAAGUCAAUGAGGGAACAUUUCAAUGGUUCAUUAAAAUUUUAAAUGAUUAUAAUACUGUGUGGUCAAAAAGUGUUGCUAAGAAACUAAUGGAUAAGUAUACUGAACUACAGAUGACAAGUUAAUCAGCAGCAACAUGUUUUCUAUUUGCGAAACCUGGUUUAACUAUAUAUUAGAUUUUAAAAUAAUAAUUAUAGCUAAAUUUAUUUUAAAAAUAAGACAUUUUGAACAACAAGAAACAAUAACGGGGGUUGGGGGUAUUAUUAUUCAUGUAGACUAUCAUGUACCUGUAGACUAGAAUGUGUAUGAACAUGCAACAGUUAGUCUAGAUAGUUACAGUACAAUUGGAGCUCAUAGGUACAUGUAAAUCUUCUGAUAAAAAUACUACAAUAGCAUUACAAAUUUACAAUGUAGGAUCUAGAGCCAUAAUAAUUAUAAUACUAACAUAGCAGGAAUUAAUUUUGUUAAAAUUUUAAAAAAAUUAAUUCAGCCAGCAAAAGACAUAAUAAGUCAGGCCGGCCUGACAAACAAUAGCGUAUAAUAGCAUAGCAAUUUAACAGCAUAAAUAUUCUUGCAAAAACAGCAGCUAGAUAGUUGGAGGUAAAGCAGCUCUCCAGCCAUCUUGUAGUGCUUUACGUAAUUCAGUUACAGUAGAUUCCAUUUCUGGUUUAUCAGCAA